CGUAUUUUUUUGAGUAACGUUCACAACCAAAAUUUUUUACAGUAACAAAAAUUAAAUGGCGAAAUAAAUUUAUCCGAAUGAAACAAAAAAUGAAAGAAGAAUCAAGGAAAAUAGAAGAGAGCUCUUUUACUGGAAAAGUUGUACAAAUAACAAAUGUUUCUCCUGGUGCUACACUGCAACAAAUGGCAACUUUGUUUGGCUUUCUUGGUACAGUUACUGAUAUACGACUUUAUCCUUCUGAUGAUGAUAUAAAAGUUGCAGUUAAACUGUGUUAUAUACAGUAUGAUAAUUCUGAACAAUGUGGUAUAGCACAACAUCUUACAAAUACAGUAUUUAUUGAUAAAGCUCUAAUAGUUGUACCAAUAAAUAGAACUGAAGUACCUGAAGAAAAUGAAUGUGUGAGCUUGCUUAAAUCAAUAAAUGCCUAUGCAGGAAUGUCAACAGCUGUUUUAAUGAAUCAUAUUACACCAAGUGAUAAUGAAAUACCUCCACUCCCUCCUAUUCCAGUUGUUACAACUACAACAGAUCCUGUUGAAAUUGAUGAAAUUCGGAGAACUGUUUUUGUUCAAAACAUUCCACCUGAUAUAACUGCAGAUCAGUUAAUGGCAUUUUUUUCUGGAGUUGGUGAGGUGAAAUAUUUAAGACUGUGCAAAGGUGAUUCUGGAAAAUAUGCAUUUGUUGAGUUUACAGCAAUAGAUUCUGUACCAACUGCAUUACAGUAUAAUGGUGUCUUGUUUGGUGGAAGAUGUUUAAAAGUGGAUUAUUCUAAACAUCCAAUUAUUAAACCAGAGAGUGAGCAAAUUGCAAUUGGUCGAUCAUCUACUCGUAAAUCUCGUGAGUCUGUGCUUAACCCAACCAUUAACUGUCGAAGGAGUAGAUCAAGAACUCCUCGUAGUCGAUCAAGGACUCGACGUUCCAGGUCAAGGUCAAUAAAGCGAUCGCCAAGAAGAAAGAGUCUGACUAGGUCACCUAUAAGAAAGAGAAGUAUAUCCAGGUCACCUCGAAGAAGGAGAAGCAUUACCAGAUCUCCUCGAAGAAGAAGAAGUCCCUCCAGGUUUUCAAACAUUGGAUUAAGAGGUCUCAAUCGAGAAUCGAGAAAAGACACGGAGCUUGUGAAAACUAUAGAUAGAAGAAGAAGAUCUCGCCGUUCUAUUUCUCGCUCAAGAAGUCCUCGCAGAAAGUCACGCUCGAUAAGUCCAAGGAGGAGGUCAAAAUCAAGAAGUCCUAUAAAAAGGUCUAUCUCUAAAAGUCCUAUUCGAAAGUCGAAGUCUGAAAGUCCUAGAACUAAGUCUAAGUCAAAAAGCCCAAAGCGGUCUAAAUCACGAUCUCCGAGGCGAAAAUCCAAGUCAAAAAGUCCAAAACGAAGAUCCAGAUCAAGAAGUAUUCGAAAACGCACUAGAUCUAAAAGUCCUAAGAGAAGAUCUCGGACAAGAAGCCCUAGAAAGAAAUCAAGAAGACGAUCUCGUACUAAAUCACCAAAAAAGAAAUCAAAAAAAUCUAUAUCAAAAUCACCUGAACGAUCAUCAGUGAAAAAAAAGAAAAAAGACAAAAGUAAAGAAGUUGAAAAAAGUACAGAAGAAGAACUGCAAAGUUUAUUAACUAAAAUCUAUACAUUCGAAGAAGAGCGAGAAAAGGAAAAAAAGUCGAAAGAAAAAAAUCGAGAAUCAAGCGACGAAUCCACGAAAAGUAAAAAGAAAAAGAAAAAAUCUUCAUCUCGAGAAUAAAACUAGAUACUUGUAGAUGCAAUGCUGAUUUUUUUUUUAUUAGACGUGUAUUGACUUUUAAAUUUUUUGUUUAAAAUGAGUAAAUUCUUAAAAUAUAAUUUAUUUUAUGAA